GAUAUUCAAAUACCGCGAGAUCGAUUCGUAAACGUUACUUUUGCUUCGCUCUCGCGGUGCUGUGACGACAUUUGCCGAUCGGUCUGCGCUGCGUCGCACGCAACCACUGAACAAAACACACCAGGCGCGCGUUUAGCCCGACUGUCAGUUACCAUGGCAGCUCAUAUUGCCCUUACACUGAAUUAUACUAGAUUUAAAUCGUUAACGUCAUAUUUCCAUCACUGCCAACGAUCAAAGCGAUGGAUUAACCUGAAAACAGGCAGCCGGCGAAGCUCUUUUUGUCACUCACUCGUAAGACAUGUUGCCACUGUGGUCUCAGGAACAGAACUCGCCCGUCAGAUCCAUAAAGAAAUCCAGACUGAUGUAGCAAAGCUACUGGCCCAAGGCAACAGAAGACCUCAUCUCAGUGUUAUUCUGGUGGGUGAUGAUCAUGCCAGCCACACUUAUGUGAGAAACAAAACCAGAACAGCUUCACUAAUUGGCAUGUCAAGCAGCACAAUCUUCAGACCAUCAUCUGUAUCUCAGGAAGACCUGCUGGAACUCAUCGAUAGACUGAAUAAGGACAGGAACAUCAGUGGGUUACUGGUUCAACUGCCUCUUCCAGGCCACAUAAACGAGAGGGCCAUAUGCAACGCUGUUGCCCCAGAGAAAGAUGUGGAUGGAUUCCACAUUGUAAACAUUGGGAAACUCUGCUUGGACCAGAAAUGUAUGAUACCAGCCACAGCAGCAGCUGUGUGGGAAAUCAUCAGAAGAACAGGCUUUGAAACAGCAGGAAAAAAUGUGCUUGUAAUCGGACGUUCCAAGAAUGUAGGAAUGCCUAUUGCAAUGCUGCUACAUUCAGACCGAACACAUGAACGACCAGGAGGUGAUGCUACAGUUAUCAUGGCUCAUAGAUGUACUCCUUUACUACGACUAAAGGAACUUGGCAAUCUGGCUGACAUAGUGAUCGCAGCUGCAGGUGUGCCUCACUUAAUAACAGCAGACAUGGUAAAAGAGGGAGCUAUGGUUAUCGAUGUUGGCAUCAAUCGUGUCCAGGACGCUGUCACUGGUAAACUUCGUCUGAUUGGAGAUGUGGACUUCGAAGCAGUGAAAGAGAAGGCUGGAUUUAUCACUCCUGUGCCUGGUGGAGUCGGCCCAAUGACCAUCGCCAUGGUGAUGAAAAACACAGUCACCGCAGCCAAAAAUGCCCCGACAUACUGAACGAGCAGGAAGACACUACCAUUAAAGGCAUUUGGGAAGAAAGCAUAUUUUUUUAAGCCAUGUCAUGAUCUGGAUUUACUUAAUUGGCACUUUUUUUGUUCAUAUCCUUGUUAUACAUGCAAGCCCCUGCAAGCUUCCUCUAUAACACCCUUCCCUGCCCGUCGGCAGGCUGUUACAGCCCUUUUCUAGCAUGGCAGCCAUGCAUGUCUGUGACGGCAACUACACCCUUGUUCUUGUCUUACCUCUGUAAUAACGAUUAAGAUGAUGCAUCCUCACAGAUACUGAACUGUUGCCUUUGUUCCCCGCAGGUGUUAUUUUGUCAGAACUGUGAAAAUAGGGGUUUUACUGUUAAGUGUAAUAUUACGUGCUUCCUUGACAAUGCAAUGCAUGACAGAGGACGGAAGUCUUCUGAAAUUUCGGUGGGACUUACAAGAGUGCUUAACUGGUGGCAUCAUUGAGGUUAAUUGAAGGUUAUUAGAUUUGUGACAGACAAAGCUGUUAGACGCUCACAUUAAAAGGAGGCAGCAAAAGACAGUUUGAAGGUUUAAUACAUUUUCUCAGGACAAUUUUCUUGAAAGCGUCAUUUAAAUUCCAAACAACAAGAUGGGACUACUGUAUUUAUUUAUAUAUUUAUUUAUUUAUCUACCAUAUGUGUUUAUAUUUAUUCUGAAAUGUGUGCUGUUUUUUUAUAUAGCAUAUAUAUACGAUUUCCAUCGGUAUAAAAUGAUUUGAAAUGAUUUAUGUUUUUUAUUUCCCCAUUCAUAUAAUUUCUUCCUAACUAAUAAAAAGCCUUUGAAAAAGGUUGAUGAAUAUCGGAAGCUUCAUUUAUUCGGAUUACUAUUACCUUAAAUGUCAAAUACUUUUAGAAUCAUUAACAUAAAAAAAUUAUGGGUUAUUUUGAACUCAGUAUUGUAUCCAAAAGGGCCCAGAAAAUGGUUUAUAUUUUAUACACAAUGGGUUAAAACAACCCAGAAUUUUGGAUUCAUUUACAGUUGAGUUCAACCCUUUAUGACGCAGGCUGGGCUGAAAAUAACCCAACAUUUUUUUAGGG